UGGGGCGUUGAUGGAAAGUAUAUGUUUGAGCCUGUCUCAGACGAAGAUACACAUUUUGAACAAAAACCAAUUGUUAGGAGAUUAGAAAUGGACGUUUCCGGGUGCUUUGGAAUCCUAUCUUCACUGAUUUUUAGUGUGACUGAAUUCUCUUAUACGUCCUCCGGAGCAGAAGGUGGCGGUAAUGCAGCACUGAGGCUCGAGACCAACCGCCGUAAAACAAGAAGAAGAAGAAGAUUCAAGCAGCACUCCGCUCUUAGGAACUGAAACCGCAGCGAACAGAAGAAAUUAAAUCUACAACACACACUGCUAUGAUGGAAGUAAAAGAAGAAGCCGAGGACCUAAAUGAAGUGGAAGUAAAAGAGGAAACUGAAGAACUGAAUAAAGUGGAGGAGAGUCAACAGGAACCUCCUGAUGUCAUCACUAAAGAGAAUUCUCCUGAUUGUUUACAAAUAUCAACUAAAAAAAGAGUAACCAUACAUUCAGUCAGCUCCCAUCAGCAUGGAAAGAGUUCCACAAGAAACGGACACCAUAUGAAUGACAAGAGCAUUAACAAUAAGGAGAGACGUCACAAGUGCCAGCAGUGUGGAAAGAGUUAUGCAUUUAAGAGUAACCUUCAGACACAUUUGAGAACUCGCACUGGAGAGAGGCCGCACAAAUGCACACAGUGUGAAAAGAGUUUUGUACAUGCAGGCAGACUAAAGGAUCAUCUAAGGAUUCACACUGGAGAGAAACCUCACACCUGCCCUCAGUGUGGAAAGAGUUUUACAUGUAGGAGUAACCUUAGGAAACACUCAAAAACUCACACUGAAGAGAGAUCGUACAAAUGCACUCAGUGUGGAAAGAGUUUUUUACAUGAAAGAAGACUUAAGUAUCAUCUAAGGAUUCACACUGGAGAGAAACCUUACACCUGCCCUCAGUGUGGAAAGAGUUUUACAUUAAGUAGUAACCUUUGCACACACUUGAAAACUCACACUGAAGAGAAGCCGUACAAAUGCACACAUUGUGAAAAGAUUUUUUUAGGUGCAGCAAAACUUAAGAAUCAUCUAAGGAUUCACACUGGAGAGAAACCUUACACCUGCACACAGUGUGGAAAGAGUUUUGCAACUAAUUCAUCUCUUACACAGCAUGCAGUGAUUCACACUGGAGAAAAACCUUACAACUGCCCUGAGUGUGAAAAGAGUUUUGCACUGAAAAGACAGCUUAAGAAUCACAUAAGGAUUCACACUGGGGAGAAACCUUACACCUGCCCUCAGUGUGAAAAGAGUUUUGCACUGAAAAGACAGCUUAAGAAUCACAUAAGGACUCACACUGGGGAGAAACCUUACACCUGCCCUCAGUGUGAAAAGAGUUUCACAAGUGCAGCAAAUCUCAAAAGUCACCAGAGCACUCACGUAGGAAGGCUCAUUCGAAUUAAUAGCAAGGGUUUUUUUGUAUUUCUUCCAAAUCUGUUCACACUCCGGAUCAGUAGGCGGCGGUAUUGCACCUUUACGCUGGUUUGCCAAACCGCCAUUAAACACCAGAGGAAGAAAACUGAAACAGCAGCUGGACACAGAGCAGCGAACAAGAGGAAAAUAAAUCUACACACGUGCACUGAUACAAUGGAAGUAAAGGAGAAAACUUAUGAAGAAAUAAAUAAAGUGGAGGAGAGACAGCAGGAGCCUCAUGAUGGCAUCACUGAAGACAAAUAUUCUAAUCGCUUACAAACAUCAUCCAAGAUAAGAGGAGCCAAAAAAUCUGCAAAAAAGACUUCAACAACAAAAAGACCCCCUAACGAUAAGAAGAGACCUCACAUUUGCCAGCACUGUGGAAAGAGUUUUACACUAAAAGCAAAUCUUACAUGUCACACAAGAAUUCACACUGGAGAGAAACCUUACAAAUGCGCUCAGUGUGGGAAGUGUUUUACAGAGAAAGGAGGCCUUACAGCACAUCAAAAAAUUCACACUGGAGAGAAGUCGCACACAUGUUCUCAGUGUGGAACGAGUUUCGUAAGAAAAGAGAGUCUUACAAGUCACACAAGAAUUCACACUGGAGAGAAACCUUACACCUGCACUCAGUGUGGAAACAGUUUUACACAUUUAAAUACUUUUAAGUUACACUUGAGAGCUCACACUGGAGAGAGACCUUACAAAUGCACUGAAUGUGGAAAGAGUUUUAAACUAAAAGCAUGCCUUACAUCUCAUGCAUCAACUCACACUGGAGAGAGACCUCACACCUGCUCUCAGUGUGGAAAGAGUUUUACACGUACAGAACAUCUGAAGGUACACUUGAGAACUCACACUGGAGUGAGACCGUACAACUGCACCGAGUGUGAAAAGAGUUUUACAGAGAAGGGAAGCCUUACAGUACAUCUAAAAACCCACACUGGAGAGAAGCCGUGUAAAUGUACUCAGUGUGGAAAGAGUUUUUCACGUACAGAUGUUUUAAAGAAACAUUUGAUAACCCACACUGAAGAGAAGCCAUACAAAUGCACUCAGUGUGAAAAGAGUUUUACACGUACAGAUGUUUUAAAGAAACAUUUGAAAACUCACACUGUAGAGGAGCCAUACAAAUGCGCUCAGAGCCUUACAGUAGAUCUAAAAACCCACACUGAAAUGAAGCCAUUCAAUUGUACUGUGUGUGGAAAGAGUUUGGCAAAUAAAGAGACUCUUAAACGUCACACAAGGAUCCACACUGGAGAAAAACCUUACACCUGCACUCAGUGUGGGAAGAGUUUCACACAUUCAGAUGUCUUGAAGUCACACUUAAGGACUCACACUGGAGAGAGGCCUUACAAAUGUCUUCAAUGUGGAAAGAGUUUUACACAGAAAAAAAGCUUUUUAACUCAUGCAAAGAUUCACGCUGGAGAGAGACCUUACACCUGCAAGCACUGUGGAAAGAGUUUUAUAGAAAAAAGAAACCUGACAUUUCAUGUAAAAAAUCACACUGGAGAGAAGCCGCACAAAUGCGCUCAGUGUGGAAAGAGUUUUACAAGAAAAUACAUUCUUAAAAGUCACACAAGGAUUCACACUGGAGAAAAACCUUACAACUGCACUCAGUGUGGAAAGAGUUUUAUAAGAUCAUCUGCUCUUAAAAUUCACCAGCAAUCUCAUUCUGAAGAAGGAUCAUUCAGCUGUGAUCAGUGUGGGAAAGGUUUUAAACGUAAAUCACAGCUCAUUUCUCAUUUUAGGAUUCAUACAGGAGUGAAACCUUUCACCUGCACUGAGUGUGGAAAGGGUUUUACAGAGAAAGAAGAGUUUAAGAAUCACCAAACAAUUCACAUCGGACAGAGACCUUUCAGUUGUUCUCAGUGUGAAAAAGGCUUUUUUAGAAGUUCGCACCUGAAAAUUCACUUGAGAGUUCAUUCGGCAGAGAAAUCUUUCAGGUGUCCUCGGUGUGGAAAAAGUUUUACAACGCCAGCAGCUCUCAAAGUUCACCAGCGCACUCACUCUGGAAAAAAAUCAUUCAGCUGUGAUGAGUGUGGGAAAAAAUUUGUUUCAGCAUCACUCCUAAAAAGUCACCAAAGAACUCAUGCCGAUGAAUAGGUUCACUCGUGUUCUGUUUGUAAAGAGUUUUUUGCUGAUUGAAUAUUUGAAAAUACACCAGAGAAUACAAACUGGUUAUGAAGUUCAUGUGUGCUUUGAUUGUGGAAAAUUCUUUGCGUCAGCAGGAGCCUUGAAUAGACACCUAAAGAUCUAUACUGAAAAGAAAUCAUAAGUGUGUUCGCAUUGUGGAAAGAGGUUCACUCAUUUAAGUUCAUGUAAGAUACAUCAGAGAGCUCAUACUGGAUGUGGAGAAUGAUGAUGUGGACCUGUGUUGCAGUGAUUUUGAAGGGUAUAGGACACUACUGUCUCUUGUUACCUUAUGUGCAUUUAGAUUCUCAGUUGUAAAAUGAAAUUUGUUUGUCAUUGGUUGUCUUUCAAAUAGCUUUUGUUCUUUCUCUGUUGGUGAAUAAAGUUAAAACUGCAUGUGCACUACCGUUUAAAAGUUUUAGGUCACUGAAAUCUUCAUGUCAUGAUCUUACAUUUAUUAUCUGUAAAUAUAUGCUAAAAUGUUUUAAAUUACUUUUGUAGAGAAAAAUAUAUUCAUGAGUUUGCAUUAACAUGUAAUUAACAUGUUGCUUGCCGUUUGAGGGGAGGGCUUCAAGCUCGGAAUAUUAGCCCAAACCCAGAUUCCCCCCCUUUUUUGUACCUGGGAUAGGUACACCAGCAGAGAGUGAGGCGAUGGGGUGGAGGAGGGACCCAAAAAACUGUCACAGAACAGAGGUGAGGGACGGCCAAAUAUUAGAGACCUCUUUGUGACGAUUGUUUGGGAUUGAGUUCCUCCCGAACAUGUUUUUUUCACAAAAACGGCAAGAGUCAUUCAGGUCCAUUACUAUUACAUUUAGUAACUUAUAGAAAUCUCUCCAUCAAACUUUUUCAUGAAACACUUCCCCAUGGAUUCUUUUCCGUUGCUCUAAUUACGUCACCUUCUUUGUUGCCCUGAUUGGUCGUGGCGCUAUCCUAUUGCGUGCAGAGGCAUUUUGAGGGACAACCUUUUAUCCCGCCCCUCGGAUUGAGCCAUCUGUGUGACGAGUUGCCAGACCUUACAUCUUGAUGUAAGUCUGGCUAACCAGUCUAUGUAUUUUGUAUAAUACAAUGUGUUAAUCUGUGAUGAUGAACAUAGCAGUUUAUCAUCCCAGGAAACAUUAGAACCAUAUGAAAUGAUAUUUUGUCUCACUGUGUAUUUUGGUGUUUUAACCUAACUAUGAAGGAGUGACUGGAGUAGCAUGAAUGUCUAACGUUUUCCCUUAAUUACUGGGCUGUACCGUUAAGGCAUACAUAAUUUGAUAUAAGUUUUGAGUGUAAGUAAUUGCAUCUAAAUGUGAAAUGAUUAUGUUACUAUGUGUACAGUGUUAUUCAGUAAAUGAGGUUAAGUGUUUUGAAUCUGUUUAAGAUUUAAAGAGAACAAUUCUUUGUCAUGUGUAGUGUGUGUCAAACAUCCCUUGUAAAUGGUAUGAUCCAUUUAGUUUGGCGGGAAGAGCUCCUCAAGGAAGGUAUUAUGAGGGUUAACAGGUGGAUGAUUAAGGAGGUAGUGUGUGUGUCUGAGGUGAGACCACAUGUAGAGGCUCAUGCCUCAAAACAAGGUUUUAACCUGUUUGCUGCUCACAGCAUGAUGUGUUUUUAUACAAAUUGAAAAUGGACUAUGUAACAAGAAUUUUUUGAGUGUUUUUGGUGAGCACUAUAUGAACACGGCUGGUGAAAAUAAACACCUUGGAAUUGAAAA